AUGGGGUCACCAAAUGCUAAAGCCAAGCCCCAAAGCCCCACUGCAGCUGAUGAUGACUGUCAAACACCACAACCGCCUCCUCCACGCCAACCUGUGUCCCUUGUACAACCCUCUGAAAGGAAGAAAAACAAAUCUACUAAAGUAUUUCGUAUCUUUCGCUCUGUUUUUCGAUCAUUCCCCAUCGUUGCGCCAACCAUGUGUAAGAUGUCGGUCACUCUUGGAAGCUUAUCUGAAGGUCAACGAAGCAGCUCAACCAAUGGCAAGAAGGUUACCGGGACAUUGUUUGGGUACCGUAAAGGUAGGGUAAGUUUUUCUAUUCAAGAAAACCCUAAAUGUCUUCCUUCACUAGUUCUUGAGCUUGCCAUGCAAACAAAUGUUUUGCAAAAAGAAAUGGGCACAGGUAUGGUUAGAAUAGCCCUAGAGUGUGACAAGCGGCCCGAAAAAGAUAAGACCAAGCUAUUGGAAGAACCAUUAUGGACCACGUAUUGUAAUGGGAAAAAAACUGGUUAUGGAGUCAAGAGAGAGGCCUUAGAGGAUGAUUUGCAAGUCAUGGAGCUCCUGAAGCCCGUCUCCAUGGGUGGCGGGGUCUUGCCCGGAAAUUGCGAGGUGGAAGGCUCGGACGGUGAGCUAGCCUACAUGCGAGCCCAUUUCGAACGGGUCGUGGGCUCUAAGGAUUCAGAGACUUAUUACAUGCUAAGCCCAGAAGGGAAUAAUGGACCUGAGCUUAGUAUAUUUUUCGUGAGGAUUUGA